AUGGAUUACCAGGGUUCUGCUCCCGCUCCCCGCACCUGCUACACCUGCGGUGUCGUUGGCCACCAGGCCCGCGAGUGCCCCCAGAAGGGUCCCGCUAAGUGCUACAACUGCGGCAACGAGGGCCACCUGAGCCGUGAGUGCCCUGACGGCCCCAAGGACAACAAGUCCUGCUACCGCUGCGGCCAGCCCGGCCACAUCAGCCGUGACUGCCCCCAGUCCGGUGGCUCCAUGGGUGGCGGCGGCGGCGGUGGCGGUGAGUGCUACAAGUGCGGUGAGCUCGGCCACAUGGCCCGCCAGUGCCCCAAGGCCGGCGGUGGUUUCGGCGGCGGCUACGGCGGCGGUGCUGGUGGCUACUCUGGUGGCGGCGGCUACGGUGCUCCCAAGACCUGCUACUCGUGCGGCGGCUUCGGUCACAUGUCUCGUGACUGCACCAACGGCUCCAAGUGCUACAACUGCGGCGAGAACGGCCACUUCUCUCGUGACUGCCCCAAGGGCGGUGAGGGUGGUGACAAGAUCUGCUACAAGUGCCAGCAGCCCGGCCACAUCCAGUCCCAGUGCCCUUCCGCUUAA